AUGGGUGCACAAUUAGGUAUUAACGCGUUUGGUGACAGUGUGAAUGGCUUUCAGCCUGGCUCCUUCACUAAACGCCUUGCUGCUUGGAGUCCGAUGAAAGCUUUGACGGAUGACGAGUAUGAAAAGAUCCUUCAACAAAAACUUCUGAAAGUGGAGGUAGAGAUCUCUCUAGUGGACGAUCAGAUUGCCGAAUUACAACGGCUAAGUGCGCAGCAAAAAGAGCGGCUUGCUUCUUCCACAAAUACAGCCGUAUAA